CGCGCGCCGAGAGAGAGGUGUCCACUCAACUCCUCUCCAGCGCCACGCACGUGGACUUGCUGCUGCUGUUGCUGCUGCUGUUGGAGUCGCAGGAGAGGCAGGCAGGAGGAGACCGAGGGGUGCUGGCGAUGGCGAGGCGGUUCCCGGCCGUGCUGUGCCUCCUGCUGGGGAUGAGUGCGGUGCGCGGCGCGCAGAGGGACUGCGUGGGCACUGAGAACAAGAUGAGCCUCCUGGGCAGUGCCGAGAAGCAGUACAACACCCUGCGGAGCAUGUACACCAACUGCGAGGUGGUCAUGGGCAACCUGGAGAUCACCUACAUCCGGAACGGCUCCGACCUCUCCUUCCUGCGGACGAUCCGGGAGGUGUCGGGCUACGUGCUCAUCGCGCUCAACGAAGUGGACCACGUGCCGCUGGAGAACCUUCGCGUGGUGCGCGGCACCCGGCUCUACGACCAGCGCUACGCCCUCACCGUGCUGCUCAACUACAACGACUCCGUGCCCGAGGAGCGCCUCGGACUCAAGGAGCUACGGCUCACUCGCCUCACGGAAAUCCUGCGUGGAGGCGUCUACGUGAGCAGCAAUGAGUUCCUGUGCCACGCCAACACCGUCAACUGGGACGACAUCCGCAACCGCAACAGCAAGGAGAACUUCAGCAGCCGCCUCAACUUCACCACCAGCCAGUCCUGCCAGCCGUGCCACCCUUCGUGCAAGAACUUCUGCUGGGGAUCGGGACCCCAGUACUGCCAAACGUUCACCAGCACAAUCUGCGCCAAGCAGUGCGACGGGCGCUGCUACGGCCUCGACCCAAACCAGUGCUGUCACAAGCACUGUGCCAGCGGCUGCACCGGCCCCCGCGAGACCGACUGCUUCGCGUGCAGAAUAUUCAACGACAGCGGCGCCUGCGUGGAUCACUGCCCGGCUCCGGUCUUCUACAACCCGUCCACCUUCCAGCUGGAGUCCAACCCCAACGUCAUGUACAGCUACGGAGCAUCCUGCGUCAAGGAGUGCCCCAGGAAUUUUGUCGUCGACUACAACUCCUGCGUGCGCUCGUGCCCGGUCAACAAGACCGAGGUGGAAGAUGGCAGUGGAGUGAAGCACUGCAAACCCUGCCCGGACAAUCUCUGUCCUAAAGUUUGCGAUGGCAUUGGAUCCGGAAAACUGAAAGAGGCACAAACGGUCGACGCUAAAAACAUCCAUUUCUUCUCGAACUGCACGACCAUCAGUGGGAACCUGAUCUUCCUGCGAAAUGGAUUCGAUGGCGACCGCUAUUACAACAUUCCUCCUCUGGACCCGGACACCCUCGAUAUAUUCCACAAUGUGCAAGAGGUCACAGGUUACCUCAACAUUGAAGCUUGGCCAGAAAACAGGACAGACCUGAGCGUUUUGGAGAAUCUGAGGACGGUGAGAGGCAGGGACACCAGACGCGGCUAUUCCUUCCUGGUGUCCAACCUGCCGCACAUAAAAUCGCUGAGCUUCCAGUCUCUGGAGGAGAUCAGCGAGGGCGGCAUUUUCAUUCGACGGAACAGGAACCUCUGCUUCCACAACACGGUCAACUGGACCCGCCUGCUGAGGUCAAGUCGCCCGCACCUGCUCUACGACCCGCCCAAAGACAACUGCAGCAAAGAGGGCUACGUCUGCGACGCCCUGUGCUCGGCAGAGGGCUGCUGGGGCCCCGGGCCCAUGCAGUGCCUCAGCUGCAAGUUCCACAAGCGUGGGAAGACGUGCGUGGAGUCCUGCAGCGUGCUUGACGGGGACGAGCGCGAGUUUGUGAGUGGCGCUCUGUGCAUCGCGUGCCACGCGGAGUGCAUGCUCAUCAACGGCAGCCUCACCUGCCACGGCCCGGGUCCAGACAAUUGCACGCGGUGCCGUAACUACAGGGAGGGCCCUCACUGCGUGGGAUUCUGCCCGGAGGGAGUUCCAGGGGAGUCCGGCGAGCUCAUCUACAAAUACCCGGACGAGGACGGCGUCUGCCACCCGUGCCAUUACAACUGCACGCAAGGAUGCGUUGGGCCCACUCAAGAAGACUGCAAGGGACCAUCGUACCUGCCCAGCAACAAGGUGCCGGUGAUCGCGGCGGGUGUGGUGAGCGGCCUCUUCGCCGUCUUCCUGCUGCUGCUGGCGCUCUUCAUCUACAAGCGACACCAGAACGCGCUGCGCAAGCGCACGCUGCGCAAGUACGUCGAGAACGAGCUGGUGCAGCCGCUGACGCCAAGUGGAGCGCAGCCGAACCAAGCGCAGUUGAGAAUCCUCAAGGAAACGGAGCUCAAAAAGGGGAAGGUCCUCGGCUCUGGGGCCUUUGGAACUGUCUACAAAGGAAUCUGGGUCCCCGAGGGGGAGUCUGUGAAGAUCGCCGUGGCCGUGAAGGUGCUGAGGGACUCUGCCUCCUCGAAAGCCAACAAGGACAUUCUUGAUGAGGCGUACCUGAUGGCGAGCGUGGACCACCCCCACCUGGUGCGGCUGCUGGGCAUCUGCAUGAGCUCGACGACGCAGCUCGUGACGCAGCUCAUGCCGCACGGCUGCCUGCUGGAGUACGUGCGCGAGCACCGUGGCCGCGUCGGCUCACAGCUCAUCCUCAACUGGUGCGUGCAGAUCGCCAAGGGUCUCAUGUACCUGGAGGAGAGGCGGCUGGUGCAUCGCGACCUGGCCGCGCGCAAUGUGCUCGUCAAGGCCCCCAACCACGUGAAGAUCACCGACUUUGGGUUGGCGCGCCUCCUCGAUGUCAACGAGCAGGAGUACCAGGCCGAGGGGGGCAAGAUGCCAAUAAAGUGGAUGGCUCUCGAAUCUAUACAGUACAGAAAAUUUACACACCAGAGCGACGUGUGGAGCUAUGGCGUGACCGUGUGGGAGCUCAUGACGUUCGGAGGCAAGCCGUACGAUGGGAUCUCUGCGCGGGACAUCCCCGGGCUCCUGGAGAAGGGGGAGCGGCUCCCCCAGCCCCCGGUGUGCACCAUCGACGUCUACAUGAUCAUGGUGAAAUGUUGGAUGAUCGAUGCUGAGUCCCGGCCCCGGUUUAGCGAGCUGGCUACCGACUUUUCCAAGAUGGCUCGUGAUCCUUCCAGAUACCUGGUCAUUCAGGGAGAUGAGCCUAUGGCUUUGCCAAGCCCCACGGACAGCAAAUUCUACAAGAGCUUCCUGCAGGAUAGCAACGAGGAGCUGGGAGUCGUCUCUAUGCAUGAGGAGACCUUCCUGAACUCCUCCACGCGCCCGUUCCACCUUAUGCCUCCGCCUUCGGGCCGACGGCAUGACACCGCCACACUGGGCAGCAAAGAUGGGACUUCACCUCCGCCACCCUACACGCCAAUGUCUGGGAGCGUCGACUUCGAGCCGGAUUGCGGGACGCCUGCGGCGUGCGACCGGAGCAUCAAGCGCAGCCUGUCGCGCCGCUCGGAGACGUUGUCGGCGCCGGGCCCCGCGGCGGCGGCGGCGGCCUCGGCCACGGGGGCCGCGGGACGCGCCGACCCCACGGCGCUCGGCAAGUGGCCGGCGGCCCGCGGCCUGGAGCGUGGCCGCCGGGACGGCGCGGAAGACGCGGAGGGCGGCAGUCUGCGCUACAGCCGGGACCCGACGGAUGCCGCCGCCUUCGCUGAGGUGGAGUCCCCCGACUGCGAUGGCUACGUGUCGCCCUUGCCAUGCAGCCAGGCGCCCCGCGAGACAGAAUCUUCCUGGCCUCUGCCGGCAGGGCCCCCGCCGGGCCAGCGGUUGACGCUGGGAGACGGCCCGUCGGAGUACUCCGUGCCUCCUCUGCGAGCGCCCGCUCCGCCGCCCUCCCGCGCCGUGCCCGGCAGCCCCGGGCGGGACGCCGCGGGCCACCCGGCGCCCUCGGCGCGCGAGCCGACGCCCUCCGUCGCCUUCUCCGGAGCCCGCUCGGACGUCGGCCCCGACGGCCGGGGCGACGGGGAGGCGGAAGACGGCGCAAAGGGCGACGCUUCGCCGUCGGACGGCGCCGCCGGGGGAGCGGGGGGGAACCCGGACCAAGCGGGCGCGCUCAGGGGGACGGAGUACAUGGAAAUGGACGGAUCGCCGGACGAGAGCGCGGAGUACCUGUCGCCGCCCGUGCCGCAGCCCGCCUUCGGGGUGGCAGACGCGCCCGGCGCCAGUGAGAGUGGCCACGCGGUUAACAGGAGCCACGACAGCCUCCCCACGGAGGCGAACCGGGACAGCUUGGGCACUCCGAGCUAUCUGCAGACGGCGCUCGCCGUGUCGCUGCUCAAGCCCGGCCGACACGUCAAGUUUUCCGCCGCGGAGAACUUGGAGUACCUGUCGGAUUUCGCGUGAUCGCGGCGGCUUCAGACUUUUGCGAAGGGGAAGCGCAGGCUACCCUUUGCGGUUUACGUGGGGGGCAGUCGUCGCGAUUUUGGAACGGUUGGAGGGAACAAAAAUACGUACAAUUGUAAUGCCACUGUCAUCGGCUGCGUUUCACACACAGAUGUCGUGCGGAUGCCAUUUAACAAAAAACUCACUGCAGUAUAUGGUAAUAUUUGAAAAUGACAGCAGAAAAAAAUGUAUAUUCACCACACCUGGUCACGUAAAAAAAGGCAAUAUUGUCACCUGAAACUGUGAAACCUUGUCACUUGGAUUAACACAGAUAAUACAUCACCGCCUGCAUAAAUAUGCGAAUGUCUAUACGUAAGUGUAACGAUGCAUACGAAUGCGUACGUAGUUCGGUCAUGCUGUUUUUCGUUAUCAUUAGAUUACUCACAUAGACAACUGCUCUCAUUAAUGAAAAUGCAACCAGAGAGCCACUGGGUCAUUAAGAUUAACACCCCCCCCCCCACACACUCGAGGGUGAAUUGCAAACAGCAUGGCUCGGAAGCAAUAUGAAGUGCUGUGUGUCAAGUGCUGUGUGGCACUGCGGUUAGAAGCACCCUAGCUUUCAACCAGUGGGGGUGUUAGCUCACCCCAUCUUGCCUCCAGAGUCAGUACAAUAUGAACCAUUUUACUGGAUGUAGGCAGCAAUGAUCAUCCGGUGGAGAGAAUAGCCCCCUGCGUCAGGAAUCGGGAAAGGCCGCCGCUGGCUCAGGACUGCCCCAUGUCUCCUCGGAGCGUGGAAAUGCUUCUUCUGGAAUUAUCUGUGAAAAGCUAAACUUGAAUGUCAAGGUGCCAUGAGCCACGUCACGGCUUCGGGUGGUGGUGCUGUUGAUGAAAUGGAGGUUUUAUUGAAGUGUCGCUGUGGGCGACUGAUGAUGAUGAUGAUGCGUUCCAUUAUUUGAUUACCGUCUCCCCAGUGAUUGUGAGACACCGGCACUAAUUGUAAGAGGGUUCGCAAGCACCGCCGUUGGAAAGAUUGAGUCGGCGAGUGGAUAGGUUGGUGCAUCGCCUUGUACAAGGCUCGCGAAUCGCCACGAUGAGAGGAUUGCACUAGAAUGGAAGUGAUCACAUUAUAUCGCAAUCCGUUAUUGACAACAUUGCCCAUACUCUAAAGCAGAGUUAUGUAAAUCCCAGAGCUGAGUGUUCUCCUCAUGCCCCCCCUUAUGAUGCAUGAGUACUUGUACCAGCCAAAAUGAGAGAUUAGCCCUCCCCUCCAGUUCCAAUGACUACGUUUUGACCUCUCUGUUUGCCUACCAAGUUCUGCCCACCGUUGGCUGGGGUCGUGACUACUGUGUAGCGGACGCUGGUUCCCGUGCACUGAUUCACAGCCACUCGUUUAAAUCAAAGUCCCCAAUCGCCAACCGAGUUCUUGUCGAGCGUGUGACUAGAAUCGUAGGCCACGACCGAGCUCAGUGAGCAGUCACGGGACGUGGUGGUGGAAUUGUAUUUGUUCGUGCGAGAGGAAGCUCGGCCACGGCGAUGACCCUGACUGGGCUUUGACACUGAAGGUUACCGGACUUGCAGUAACGAAGGUCGGCAAAGUGAUGCUCCGACUGUAAUGCUGCGGUGUUUGAUAUCGACGAGGUGAACGGAUCAUCUGGUGACGCUGCUGCAUUGGAAAGCGGUGCACACGCGCAAGCAACAGACGGCUCAAUGCAGCCUUCAGAAAACACUG